AUGUCUGUUCCAAGAUUCCAAAAAAUAAACUAUGGGACAUAUGAUAAUUAUAUUCCAGUCAGUGAAUUAAGCAAAAAAUCAUGGAAUCAGCAACACUUUUCCCUGGCAUUUCCCAAACCACAACGACCAGGAAAAAAAAGGAGAUCAAUACCUUCCCAGCUACGUGAUAAUAUAACUCCUGUAAUUGAUGGAACUAAAUUGGAAGGACCAAAACAACCACCACUAUGGAUGCACCGUUCCUUAAUGAGAAUUUCAGAGAGACCAUCUGUGUAUUUAGCUGCUAGGAGGAAGCCUCCACCUAAACCCUCUGGUCCCAAAGAAGGUGAGGAGAAACCAUUAGAUACGAAAGAAGAGAAAGAUAAAGCUGAUUCAGAAUUAGAAAUGAAAGAGAAGAAAGACUCGAAGAAAGAGAAGGAUGAAGAAAAAGGAUCUAAAACUGGCAAAAAAGGUAAAAAAGAUUCAAAGGAGAAGGAUUCAGGAAAGGGCAAGGAGUCAAGUGGAGAAUCUGAAGAUGAAAAAGGAGGAAAGAAAGAUAAGAAAGAUAAGAAAGGAAAGGGCAAGGAGUCAAGUGGAGAAUCUGAAGAUGAAAAAGGAGAGAAGAAAGACAAGAAAGGUCCAAAGAAGGGCAAAGAGGACAAAGACACAGCCGAAACAGAAUCUGAAGAGGACAAAGCAGGUGGAAAGAAAGAUAAGAAAGAUAAGAAAGGCGCCAAGAAGGGCAAAGACAAAGAGGUAGCAGAUACAGAAACUGAAGAGGAUAAAGCAGGCGGGAAGAAAGAUAAGAAGGAUAAGAAAGAUAAGAAAGGUGCGAAGGACAAGGAGUCAGCUCCAGAAUCUGAGGAUGAAAAAGCAGGCGACAAGAAAGACAAGAAAGAUAAGAAAGGCACCAAGAAGGAUGCAGAGUCAGAAGCUGAGAGCAAGAAGGAUAAAGAGUCUAAGAAAGAUGCAAAGAAAGGUAAAGGUAAGAAGGGAGAGAGUGAGUCGAAGGAUGAUGUCAAGAAAGAGUCCAAGAAAGACAAAAAAGAUAAGAAAGACAAGAAAGACAAGAAGGGCAAGUAG